CAAAAGCUACACUCUGCGUGGUGUCAUUAAUGCUGACCAUUUCAAGGUACAACCACCACAGCAGACUCAAUAAACACGUCUGUCAGACAAAAACAAAUAAAUAACCCGUAGGUUUACCCUGUCUACACGUCAACACUGACAACAGACUUCUCUCUUAACAGAGUUUUACAAAUGAUUCAUUUUCAACAACCUAAAACGCAGGGUUAUAGGUUCUUCAGGGUUUACAUCCUGAAAAAGGCUGUUAGUGCAGCUACACGUGGGUUGUAUCCCAGCUCCAUUUUUAAUAUGUAGGCUAACUGUGUUUUACAUUUCAUCAUGAAAUAGCCAUCCGAAUGAAUGAAUGCUUAUUACAUUUUUUGCUAGAGGAGUGCCUUGGAUUUUUUUCUUUUUUGUAUUUUUGGGUCCCCUGCCAAAGAGCACCCUCAUCACAGUUGUUCUGACUUCUGAGCACUCUGGACUUCUCUUCUCUGAACCUAAAAUGCAGUUUGCGUGUGAAUGUACCGCAUGGAAAAAGAUAUUAUUAAACCUUUCCAAGUGGACAAGGCCUUAUACUGAUUUUUAUCUGUGUCUUAAUACAUGAUGUGUCUUUGUCAUUUCUAUGAGUUAAUAAUGGUUUCUGCUUUGGAAUGAAAGAAAACUUAAACACUGACAAUAGGAAAAGAGAAAGAAAGCUGAAAAACAAAAAGGAGUCAGGCGUCUGUGGGGGGUUUGAAAAAAGGAAAAGAGGAGUCAGCUGAGGAAUGAUACUUGCGUUUUAUGGGCAGUGUUUGGUUUCAUGUUGGACUGUACAGUUUGUUUUUAAAGGAUCAUGUUCAGUAGUUUCAGUAACUGUAGUCAAAAGGAAAGAAUCACUCAUGCACUGCACAGCGCUGGUCGAGAAUCCACAACACUCUGGGCUGACUGUCUUCAACAUGAAAUGUUUCACGUUCCUGCUGUUUGUGUAUCUUUUCUCUCGAUCUGUGGUCGAUUGUGCUGCUGAUGGAAAGGGAUACUUCAUGUACGUCGACUUCUGGUGUGCCUGGUACACCAGAGAGCCGGAGCAGGUGGAGUAUCUGAUCGACUAUUAUUUUAAUGAAGAGUUUAUGAUGCAGUACAACAGCACAGUCGGGAACUGGACAGGCUUUACUCCAGCUGGAUUAAUCUUUGCAUCAAAGUUUAAUAAAGACAAGCACAAUGUAGUGGGGAGGAAAUCAGAGAGGCGGCUGAUAUGUGUCAACCAUAUUGGUUUGUUACUGAAUGUAACGGAGGAGAACAUGGCUGAACCCAACAUCACUCUUACAGAGACCACCACCUCCAGUCACGACACCAUGCUGGUGUGCAGCGCUUACGAUUUCUACCCCAAACAUAUCAGGGUGACAUGGCACCGCAAUGGACAGGAAGUGACUUCAGGCGUGACUUUAACCGAGGUGAUGACAAACGGAGACUGGACCUACCAUGUCCACUCUUUCCUGGAGUUCACACCUGGCCGACAGGACAGGGUCAGCUGUGUGGUGGAGCACAUCAGCCUCAGGGAGCCCAAGAUUUCUGACUGGGACUCUUCCUUUAAUCAGUCCGAGAGGAGCUUCGUGAUUGGUGGAGUUGUUGCUCUGCUGUUGGGAGCAGUGAUUCUGUCCUCAGGACUGAUCCACUAUAGGAGGAGACGCUCUGUAAUCUGAUAGAAAACCUGUUAAAUCAGCCAGUCCUUCUGGAUAUUUCCAGCCUGGACCUCCUUAGGUUUACUCACAUGACCUGUCGUUCAAAAGCACUCCUGUCAGACAAAAACAAAUAAAUAAACAGUUACAACUCAUCUAUGAAGCGUUAUCAUAAGCCACAGAUCCAUAUUAUCCAGACCAAGCUUCAUUUCACACAGCUUCGUUUUCCUCUCUCACACUGCUAAUAGUCCUGACGAUCUAAAUCCAGCAAAAUGUUUAGUCCAAACACGUUAUUACAUCCAUAGAUAUCCACAAAGUGCUGCUGCAUUGUUUCAAACGUUUUAUCUUACAGGCAGCCAGUGGAGAGAUUUCAGUCUAGUUUUUGCUGAGUUGUCCAGAUAUUUCAGUCUGGACCAAACCAGUGUGGCUGAAAACUCCCAGUUUGAGCUCCCAGCAGCCCUCCAGUGUUGUUACUUUGCAAUGCAUAAGUAGUUUAACUUUAAAGUUAUAACUGGACAGAUUGUAGAUGCUAACGUAUAUUUGAGAC